UUCUGGUGAUAGAUUAGUUUGGUCUGGUGUGGGGACUCUACUAACCGUCCUGUUUGUGUUGCGACCAGUAAAACAGUUAAAGGAAGUGAGGCGGGGAAGAUGGAUGUCUAUCGCUUGAAUGUGACUUUAAUUAUGUUUGUCAGUGAAUUUGGAUGUUAGACUGUUUCACUUGGCUUGUCUUCAGACACACGACCACGCGCGUUUGUGUCCACCCAUGAAAAUAUCGCGACAGCUUAGCAUUGGUUUGUUUACAAUGCAGCAGGUGGUUCACGGUUAGCGAAUGUUGGGAGACGUGUCUUUUUUCGUCGCUGCGAUGGAACCCCUUUGCGAGUAUUUCAUGUAUUUCCCCGCCGCUCCGAUAUCGAGUCUCACGGAUCCGGCGGAGUACUCAACUCUUCCGCGACGACAUCACGUCUACCUCGGUGAGACCGUCCAGUUCCUGCUGGUGCUGCGGUUCCCGGAUGGCCGCCCCGGUGCGUUUCCCUGGAAGGACCAGGUGGGAUCUCUGUCUGCUCUGGCGAGUGCGUGCGUCGCUGAGAGCCGGCAGCAGAGGCGAGGUGAGGGGCCACCAAACACCCAGAGCAGCUGCAGCGAAGGCGACGAAGAAAGGGAUCCUCGGGUGAGGGAGUCUGGAACCAGUGACAGCGACCGGACUUUCACACAGUGCAACACCCUUCUCGUUCACAAGAACCCGGCGUCUGAUCGGCGACCGGAUGGGAAGGAACCGGUUCAGUCUGCUCUAGUGUUGGAUGACCAGGUUAUCUUCUACCUCACAGUCUCUUUGGACAAGCUGCCAGUGAACACACUCAAAGCCAAGAUCAUAGUGACUGUGUGGAAGCAGGAGGAAGAAAAGGUGGAAGUGAGGGAACAUGGCUACCUGACUCUUCUGCAGCUCAGGAGCCCAACGCACACCUUCAGACAGGACCUGAACACCUUCAAGGCACAGGUCAACACCACCCUGAAUGUUCUACCACCUCCCAGCGUCCAGUGUCAGCAGAUGACUGUUUCUGGAAAACACUUGACUGUUCUUAAAGUGGUGAACUGCAGCUCUCAGGAGGAGGUGUGUGUUAGAGACAUGAAGAUCCUUCCCAACUAUAACUCGUCCUAUCUCCCCAUGAUGCCAGAUGGUUCAGUGCUCAUAGUUGACAAUGUAUGCCACCAAUCAGCUGAGGUCACCAUGGCGUCAUUCUAUCGGAUAGAUAGUGAGUCAUCCCGCUUACCAAGCACACUCAGUGCGCUGGAGCAACAGAACUUUCUGUUUCAGCUGCAGCUGCAAAACAAAGCAGAAGAUGACUCCAGUGAGGGUAUGGAAAUUCCUUUGGUGGCUGUGUUACAAUGGUAUACUCCGGCACUUCCUCUCACAAGAUACAUCUCUAGUUGGUACUCAUUGCCCAGUAUCCGCUUGGAUCGUCCUCAACUGGUGAUGACAGCUUCCUGUCCAAGGGCCAUCAGGCCUAUGGAGCCCUUCUGGGUAAAAUACACCGUCCUGAACAACUUGCAGGACUUUGCCGUCCAUCUGAUCUGGAAUUCUGAAGCUCAAAGUCAUCGGCAGGACCCAAGUGUUGAAGCAGUGGUGUGCCAGUCUCCCAUCAAGAACCUGGGACAGUGUAGGAAGGGCUCCACCCUCUCCUUCACCGUGGCCUUCCAGAUCCUCAGAACUGGACUGUUUGAGUUAAGCCAGCAUAUGAAACUGAAGCUUCAGCUCACAGCUACUGUGUCCACCCCUCCUGUGGGGCCUCAAUCACUACUGAAGAAAUCUCCAUUAUCAUCAAGCUUGGCAGCCACUGAGCUUCCAGAGAAAAGUAUCCUGGGCCGAUCUCAGAGCUUCUCCCACAAACAGUCGUCCAGAUCACACCACGUAAGGUCAAGCAGUGUGAUGGAGCAUCGGGCAAUGACACCUUGUAUGGGACCUUCAAUGGGCAGGGCCACCUACCUUCCCCCUGACCACAACCUCAUUUCACUGGACAAAAUAGCCAAGAGAAAGUGUAAAGUGUUGGUGCUGAAACAAAUCCAAGAGCCACACUGCAGAUGACGUGGAGAGGAAUGUUGUACUAAACAUCAGUGUUGAUCCAUCUGUCCAGCCUUCACGGAAGGAGGAGCAGAGAGGAGUGGAAUCAAAGGCCAGGGGAGGAGGAGUGGUGUUGACGUGGUGAGGGCGGGUGGUGGAAAGAUGCUGCAGUGCAGAGAUGAUGAAAGAAAAACCCUCGUGGAGCCACAGCAGUUCUUCAUUUCACUGGUUUAUCAUUUCACUGGAUUACUUACCUCUCUUCAAAUCAACAUUUUAUUCCAUCAGAGUUUUUAUUUUUAUAAAACAUUUUCUUCAAGCCUG